CAAGGCAACCGUCGCUGUGACGUCAUGGGGCGCUGGGCUCGGCCACGUCUGACCGUCCUCCUGGACAUUUGGCGGCACUGCAAGCUGCUCUGCCUGCUGUUGGCCUUCCUGCUGGUCUUCUGCGAAACAGUGCAGGCCAAUCCGGAUGCCAAGCGACUCUACGACGAUCUGCUAAGCAACUACAAUCGGCUCAUACGACCCGUCAGCAACAACACGGACACGGUGCUAGUCAAGCUAGGUCUACGCCUCUCGCAGCUCAUCGAUUUGAACCUCAAAGAUCAAAUUUUAACGACCAAUGUGUGGCUGGAGCACGAAUGGCAGGAUCAUAAAUUCAAAUGGGAUCCAUCCGAAUAUGGUGGCGUCACCGAGCUCUAUGUGCCAUCCGAGCACAUCUGGCUGCCCGACAUUGUCCUCUAUAACAACGCUGACGGUGAGUACGUGGUGACCACCAUGACGAAGGCCAUUCUGCACUACACGGGCAAGGUGGUUUGGACCCCGCCGGCCAUUUUCAAAUCAUCCUGCGAGAUUGAUGUGCGCUACUUUCCCUUCGAUCAGCAGACGUGCUUCAUGAAGUUCGGCUCCUGGACCUACGACGGCGAUCAGAUCGAUUUAAAGCACAUCAACCAGAAGAACGAUAAGGACAAUAAAGUUGAGAUUGGCAUUGAUUUGCGCGAGUAUUAUCCGAGUGUGGAAUGGGACAUAUUGGGCGUGCCCGCUGAGCGCCACGAGAAGUAUUAUCCGUGCUGUGCCGAGCCCUAUCCCGACAUAUUCUUCAACAUAACGCUGAGGCGAAAGACCCUCUUCUACACGGUCAACCUCAUCAUCCCAUGCGUGGGCAUCUCCUAUCUCUCCGUGCUGGUCUUCUACCUGCCCGCUGACUCCGGCGAGAAGAUUGCGCUUUGCAUCAGCAUUCUGCUCUCACAGACUAUGUUCUUCUUGCUCAUAUCGGAAAUUAUACCGUCAACGUCGCUGGCUCUGCCGCUGCUGGGCAAAUAUCUUCUCUUUACGAUGUUGCUGGUCGGGCUGAGCGUUGUCAUCACCAUCAUAAUACUCAAUAUACAUUAUCGGAAGCCCAGCACACACAAAAUGCGGCCCUGGAUAAGGUCCUUCUUCAUCAAGCGACUGCCCAAGCUGCUGCUGAUGCGUGUGCCCAAGGAUUUGCUGCGUGAUUUGGCCGCCAAUAAGAUCAACUACGGAUUGAAGUUUAGCAAAACCAAGUUCGGCCAGGCCCUCAUNAAAAGAGAAAAAUUACAGCUAAAUUCGACAAACGUCCCAUCAUAGUGUGUGCUUCGGUUAUAUAGUCGGGAAUUAACUUUCUCUUGCAGAUUCAGUGGCUUGGUCGGCGCUCUGGGCGGUGGGCUGAGCACACUGAGCGGCUACAACGGACUGCCAUCGGUCCUUUCCGGCCUGGAUGACUCCAUGAGUGAUGUGGCGGCACGCAAAAAGUAUCCGUUUGAGCUGGAGAAGGCAAUACAUAACGUCAUGUUCAUACAGCACCACAUGCAACGACAGGAUGAGUUCAAUGCGGAGGAUCAAGAUUGGGGCUUUGUGGCCAUGGUCAUGGAUCGGCUUUUCCUCUGGCUAUUCAUGAUUGCCUCGCUGGUGGGUACAUUCGUUAUAUUGGGCGAGGCACCUUCGCUGUACGACGACACGAAGGCCAUCGAUGUGCAGCUCUCGGAUGUUGCUAAGCAAAUCUACAAUCUAACCGAGAAGAAGAAUUAAAUUCAAUAAUACAAUCCAAAAAUAGUUAACACUGCGUAUGUAUAUCUCUAUGUCGUGACAUGUAAAGCCUGCCUGAUUGCAAGCCCUAGCUUAAAAUGUGUUUUAAAGAAAUUA